GAGAAUGUGAUUAUUUAGAGAGUAAACUGCUAUUUUUUGAUUGACUAUUUUUUUACUACACAUUCAUUUUUUGUAUUUUUAAGAAAAAUAUGCUUAAAAACUAAAAGUUUCUAUUUGUGGCAAUUUAGUUAACUAUGUUAUUGUCCUACCGUCAUAAGAAAAGCCCCCGCCGAAAUGUCUUGGCCUGUCUGUUGCUAUAACAACGAGGCAUGUCUCAUUUUCCCAAGGGAAGCUUAAUGUUGGAAAAACCCGAACAACAGCACAAAGGCCAGAGGAGGAGUGGUGAAACUGCACUCUCCUUGCAGAAAAUUAAGGAAGUCCAUUUCUAUGGCAGUAGACGGGCCCGGACUUAAACGGCACCGCGGGAGCUUUUCUCGUGAAAGACAGGCAGUAUAUUAAUGGAAUUGUAAAUAAAUAUUUUUAUUCAGACUAUGUAUGACAGUUGAGGGAUGUUUAGCUUUGCUUGUAGUACUAUAAUAGUUAGCUAAAAUUAAUUUAUGGAUUUUAAUUUAUGGAAAAUGAAGCUAUGGUAGCUUUUUUUUUCAUGUACUGAAAAAGAGCUUUUUAUGUAGCUAAAAAAUGUAUGUCUUUGUUAAAAAAGCAAUAUACAUGAAUUGCAUAUUAGAUCAAUUGGCAAAAUAAAAAUGGAUUCUACAUUUUUUUAAAAUACUUUUUUGUCAAAUCUAUAUUUAGGCGUGCAUAGUUAUGCAAUGCAUUAAGGGGGGAAUGCGUUCAAAUGUUGCUGUCUAAAAACUUUACUUUAAUGAACUCAAGAAUGGGAGAACAAAUAAAAAUACCAGGAUUCUAAAGCAUUGGGAAUAAUUUUAUUGUUAGCAAUGCAAUGCAAACAAUAUUUCAGAAGAGCAUAUAUAUAUGUGCUCAAAACAGGUAAUACCUCAGCCUAGCAAGGCAUAUAUGUAUACCCCCUUGACAAUUAAGGGGUUCAAAUAUUCAUUCAUACUUAAGAGAUUAAUGUUUAAAUUGUUCAAAAGAAAUUUCUAGUUCUUUAAUUUUUUAUGGAUCAUGUUUGUCCUAAACAGUUUUGAUACCAUCAAGCGGCUGAUUCAAUAAAGCGGCUAAUUCAACAAAGCGGCUAAUUGAAUAAAGUGGCCAAUUGAUUAAAGCGGCUAAUUCAAUUUUCUGUUUCUGACAAUUUGAUUCAGUAAAGAGAUUGAUUCAAUUAACCACCCUCUACUGUAUCAGUAACUGCUAUAUAAAACGAAAAGAAAUAGGUUUUCACACAAAAUUUUUGAAUCUCCCGUGAGCAGGAGUCUUGCUUGCCGAGACUAGUUUUAUGGAGGGGAUCUGAGAAAUUAGGCUCUAAUCUCACCCUGAAUUUUAUCCCUACAUACAUGUGUAUAAAAAAAAAUUACUAAAUGAGUUUCUCAAUCAUGAUUAUUUUUGAUAAAAUUUAAAAAUUCAUUAGUCUUGAUAACAUUAAUGUGUGUUAUAUUAUAUACAAUUUUAUUGUGUAACCAGGGGGCCCACCUCCUAAGAGCAAGGGGGCACCCCCCUAAAUAUUGCCAAGACCCCCAAAUGAGAAAAAUAUCCGUCAAAACACCCCCCUAAAAAUUUCAGUGGCGCAAUCUGCACCAUGACCCCCCCCCCCCAGGUGGACACCUCUGGUGUUGCAAAUCAAUAGAAAAAUUGACUUUUUUGUUAUCUACAAAUUAUUGGCCAAAAAUGUUAUUGAUAUUAAUUAUAUUUUUCAUAUUUUAUGCAUCUAAUUUCAGUACUUUUUUCUUCAGACAAAUGGCAAAAAUGAGAAAAAGGCAGAAAGCUCAAAGCCGUGAACAUGCUUGUAUGACAGAUGUUGUUGGAGAACUUCUGUUUAAAAUCCUCUAAAUCUAGUGUAUCAAAUACUUGGAAGAAUAUGAAUUCAGUUCAGUGGGAAGAAGAGGAGACUGAAUGUCCUACUUUAUAUCAAUUUUAUACUACUGGAGGGAUCAAAUAUGGUUUAGAAGCAACAGGUGACGAGUUUAAACUAAAUAACAAACUCUUUAAAAUAUUCAGCGGUUCUUUACAUUACUUCCGCAUACUUCCUGAACGCUGGUCUACAAGCAUCAGAUUAAUGAGGCAAUGCAAUCUCAAUACUGUUUGUACUUAUGUACCAUGGAAUCUUCAUGAAGUCUCUCCUGGAAACUAUGAUUUCAAAGGUUUAUUGGAUUUAAAAUCUUUUAUAGAGAAGGUACAGAGAGAGGACAUGUUUCUUAUCUUGAGGCCUGGUCCGUAUAUUUGUGCCGAGGUGGAUUUAGGCGGCUUACCGAGCUGGCUUUUAAAAGACGACAUUAAACUGCGUUCUAAUGACAAAAAAUUCAUCUCUGCUGUUUCAUGUUAUUUCAAGGAACUGUUACAGAUUGUAAGCAAAUACCAAUUUAGCGUCACAGGAGGACCUAUUAUUGCAGUUCAAGUGGAAAAUGAGUUUGCCUCAUAUGGAAAUACACAGCAGAACAUAGAUGACCUUCAGUAUAUGACUUUUCUUAAGGAUUUAUUAAUUGAAUCAGGAAUUAAAGAGCUAUUGUUUACCUGUGAUAUGCCAUCCCUAGGUUUACUUCCAGGGUCUAUUGAAGGUACUCUCAUGACAGCCAAUUUUCAGACCGAUGUUGAUAAAGAAUUAAGUAUACUCAAGCAGCAUCAACCUGAUAAACCUUUGAUGGUAACCGAGUUCUGGUCAGGAUGGUUCGAUCAUUGGAACGAAAAGCAUGAAGAAAUCCCACUAGACACUUAUAUAAGUUCCUUAAAAGCAAUUUUAAAGAAUAAUGCGUCAUUUAAUAUUUAUGUUUUCCAAGGUGGAACUAACUUUGGAUUCAUAAAUGGAGCAAAUAUAGGAUUUCCAUUACCAGACAGCCCAUAUACAUGUACUAUAACUAGUUAUGAUUAUGGAGCUCCUUUAACUGAAGAUGGCAGAUGCACUGAAAAGUAUUUUGCUACUUUCAUGUUAUUGAAAGAAAUUGAACUUGGUUAUAACCGUCCUAAAAGCUUACCAUUUUCCGAUGUUUCUCAUAUAAAUAUGAAUGACAACUAUUUGAAUGUUAAUAACAUUGCAGUCUCUAAGUUUCUUCCUCUGGACAAGCUAUUAUCGACUGUAAAAGAGUACAAAAAAGCCAAACCACUUUUGAUGGAAAUGCUGGAUGAAGUCUAUGGACAACAAUUCGGGUUCAUAUAUUAUCAAACUAAACUUAAACAAGAAGGAAGAUUGAAAUUCACUGCUGGACAUGGCACUAGAACUAUAGUUCUAGUAAACAAAACUCCCAUUGCAGUUGUAAUGGGAAGCGACCGUUGUCACGAGACGCAGAUAGAUUCUUCUUUACUUUGCAAAACUGAAAAUACACUUGGUUUAUUAGUUGAAAACUUGGGUAGAAUUAAUUUUACAAAUAAAAAUGUAAUAUUAAAUAACGAACGAAGGGGAAUCGGUGAAAACAUAACAAUCAAUGGCGAGCAACUAUUGAAAUGGUCUAUGUAUUCUUUAGAUUUUAGCUCAAAAUUCAUGCAUGACAUUAUGCUUUUAGAUUGGAGUGCAAUUGAAGACAAAAGUGAGGGCACUAUUGCUCUUUAUAGGGCUAGCUUAAAUUUAGACACCGUAAAAGAUACUUUUAUCACUUCAAAUUCAUGGACAAAAGGAAUCGUAAUAGUAAAUAGUUUUAAUAUUGGUCGUUAUUGGAAAGUUGGACCCCAACAAACUUUAUUUUUGCCAAAAGAGCUUUUGAAACAAGGUUUGAAUGAAAUAUUGGCUUUUGAAUUACACGGUAAAAUUGAACAUUUUGAAUUCAAACACUAUCCAGUUCUGAACUCUAAUUAACAAAUGCCGAUUGCAUCGCAACAGAUUAUUUUAUUGAUACUUCUUUCAGAGCAUAAUUGUCAAAGUUUUUCUUUUAAUGUGAGAUUUAAUUUUUUAAAAAUUAAUUAGAAAACUGAACAUUGAAAAAAAAGUGAUUUUGAUAGCUUAAAAUAAUUUUAAAAUCACUAGAUGAAGCGAAAAGCUUUAGUGUACUGCUUAGGUCCAAUAAUUAAGCUGAACUAUUCAGGAGUGUGCAUACAUACAUCGAAUCACUUUGUUACAUGAUGAAGUUAGGGUUGUGAAAGACCUCAUGUCAAGAUCCAGUUUUGUUUUGUCAGUGC